AUGCCCGAAACUCAUGAGCGGCAAAGGGAGAAGUCAGACUCGCUUUACGGAGGCGACAGCAUUGGAGGGACUUACACGCUUCCAAAUUUUGCGUCCGAAGCUCCUUUAACGGAUGUAAAGAAGAAUCGUUUACUUGCUGUCAAGCUCGAUUAUAACGAAUCUGGUGAUACUGAAGAUGUGCUCUCCUCACCAAGAAACAUCGGCAAGGAUUUCUCGAGCAGGGCAGAGUCAAAAAGAGAAAGAGGUCACAAUGAAUUCUCUACGGAAAGGGAAAUAUCAUUGCCAAAUGGAAAGAAAUUGUUCACACACGAAGGGAACAACUCGAGAAGUUUACAUGAAAAAUUAUCAUUAAAGCAUGUUGAUACUAGCUCGUCCAUUUUGGGUCAAAGGGCUUCGUACGCUGUUUGUGAUGUUGUACAACCGAUGAAUGAAAAUAUACGGAUGGAUGAAAAAGUAAACCUGAGACGACGUGGUAGUUCGGGGUCCGAACUUCAAGAAGCACAAAACUCGAACUUCAAAACUUUAGCUCCCGGGUCAUGUUCAUUACAAGAUUCAAAUGAAGCAAGAGUAGAUCCAUUAACUGCAGAAAUUCCCAAUGUCACAGGAAAAAACCGGUUGAAUAGAAAGGAUGAUAGAGGCAUCCUGGUGCAAAAUGCGCCCCUUGUUUUUCCUCAAGAAUCCGACUUGGCACUCUCAAAGCAAACUACCUCAAAGGUAGACCAUGAACCCUCGCGGUCCUUCGGAACCACGCCUUGUGGGAGUAACACCGAAUCUGUCAUCACGAGAGACGCCGAGAAAAUCAAACAAACAGGUUUGACUGACAGCUUUAAAGGCAACCAACCAGACAACACCCUGAGUAACGCGAACGAUCGUUCGGUUCAGAUUUUAGUCCAAACCCAUCCCGACGGCGGAUGGGGCUGGGUUGUAUGUUUUGGCGCAUUUAUAGUCCAGUUCAUCGCCCUCGGCAUGCAAAAUACAGCAGGUAUUGUUUACACGGAACUGGUGAAGGAACUAAAGACUCCCAGAGGAGCCACAGCUUGGGUCGGGUCACUUGCGACUGGGAUCAUGUUUUUCCUCGGCCCACUUACCACCUCGAUGUGUGAAAGACUCGGCUGCAGAAUCGUCACCAUUUGCGGGGGUCUCAUCUGCAUCGCAGGGCUUUUACUUUCGUCAUUAGUUACCAGUCUAUUUCCGUUGUAUUUAACUUACGGUCUCAUGUUUGGGGCUGGGACGAGCCUUUGCUAUUUUCCCACGAUAAUUGUGCUUUCUAAAUACUUCAAACGCCGAAUUGCGGUCGUGAACGGCCUGGUAACAGCCGGAAGUGGAGUGGGAACGCUUGUGAUUGGCCCAGUCGCCCAGGUACUGUUUUUGCGUUUUGGCGUACCAAACACUUUUCGAAUCGUGGCAGGAAUUUUCACCAUAGUGAUCUUAUGCGGAGCAACGUUUCGACCCGUUCCUGCCAAGUACCUUCAGAACAUUAGAAAUUCUGAGGGGGAGCGGAAAAGAAAGCUUUUUGACUGGAGCAUUUUCAAGAAUAAGGGAUAUGUUAUCUGGAUCGCUUCUCUGGCGACAUUUCAGCUUGGUUAUUUCGUACCAUUUGUACACCUGGUCAGACAUGCCGAAGAUCUAGGCGUUCCACCGACAGAUGCUUCGUUCCUGAUCGGUUACUUAUCGGUGGCGUCGACAGCUGGAAGACUUUUUUUCGGUAAAAUGGCAGAUCUUUCUUGCGUCAACAGAGUCCACAUGUAUCAGAUGGGACUCUCUAUAAUUGGUUUAUGUUCCUUUUUUGUCACCAUGGCAACAGGAUACGGCGGUUUGGUAGCUUACGCUGUUAUCUUCGGGUUCUUUGAGGCAUGCUACAUUUUGCUGAUUCCGCUGGUCACAAGUGACAUCGUGGGCCUCCGAAAGAUGUCUUACGCUCUUGGUAGUGCAUUCACUGUCAUGGCAUUCCCAAUGUUUUUAGGACCUCCCAUCGCAGGUUGGAUUUACGACAUAUCUGGAGAUUAUGCCGCAGCAUUCUACUCAUGUGGGGGCAUCUCCUUCCUUGCGGCAAGUUUGACGUCUUUUAUACCGCGUCUGUCAACACAGUCGAACCAGGAAACCGGCAGCAAGAGACUUGCGAAACUCUUACGAAGGAGGAGAUCGAAUCAUCGCUCUGAGGUUAUGCACGUUCUUUUUGGAUGUUUGUGGAAAGAGAAGCAAGAGUCUAGAGCAUCAAGCUUUGUACAACAUAGUGGCAUUCAAGUAACAAACAAACGGGUGGAUGUUUGA